AUGCCCACAACUGGUCCUCCAAAGAAAUUGCCAAUUAAAGAGUAUAACAAAUCUUUAGCUUCUUUUGAAAGAAAGGCUUUUUUACAUAAUCUGCAGAUAUAUAUACCAGAUUUAUUUCCCUUAUACUCUCAGCUACAGACUAAUGAUUUGCCAGAUCCAAAUAUGAUAGACUCUCAACCAGAAUUAAAAUGGUACAUGAGGCCAUAUCUGGUUGAUUUUUUAAUCGAAUUACAUAACAGUUUCCAUUUGAAACAAGAUACUCUAUAUUUGGCUCUCCACAUUUGUGAUCGGUAUUGUUCUAAAAGGAUUGUUUACAGUAAGCAUCUACAAUUGGUUGUUGCAACUUCUCUUUGGAUUGCUAGUAAAUAUCAAGAUAAAAAAUUAAGAAUUCCAGCUUUAAAGGAGUUGUGUCUACUCUGCAAAAAUAACUAUGACACCAAAAUUUUUAUACAAAUGGAAUCCCACAUUUUGACUACUUUAAAUUGGGAAAUCGGACACACUAUUACAUUAGAAGAAGUUUUGCAAUGUUGUUUUUUUAACUUUGAUAUUCAUAACGAUUUGAAUAUCUCGAACAUUCAAAAUAAUAAUACCUCCUUAAUUGUAGAAAAAGUUGUUGGUUUGUAUCAACUUUCUUCUUUUUUGUGCGAAUUGACCAUGUAUUCCAAACAAUUUAUGUAUUUUUCAAACACAAUUAAAGCAUCCGUAGCUACUUUAAUAUCCUCUAGAAUCUUAAAUUUGGACAGUGUAGAGAUUUAUAAUACUUUAUUUACGAAUGAUACUUCAAAUAAUCACAUUCUAGCUCCUCUUUUUGGUAGUCCUUUGGAUUUAGACACUUUCCGUAAAUGUUGUCAUUGCUUUUUAAAUGAAAUAUUUCAGCCUUAUAUGUGUAAUAUGGAUGAAACAGGAAACCCUCCUAAAAUUUAUAGAUCUUUACGGAAAAAAUACAAGUUUAUUCAGAUUACCACUUUAUUAUCGGACUUUACCAGAAAAAAUAUAGACUUUUAUUUAAAACUGAGCUAUCUAAGUGAGCAGGAUUUAACCAAUACCUUUAUUAUACGGGAUAUAAUUGCCAUCACAGAUUAUUUUUUAAAUUUACCGCCACAACAACAAUAUAAUCGAGGUAAUAGAAAACUUAUUGAUGAGGUAGGAUAUGAUUAUUACAAUUAUAAUAAUUAUUUUUACGAAUGUCAGGAUACUGAUAAUAGUGUUUAUUCGAUGCAGUAUAAUCAAACCUUUAAUGCUAACACUACUACUCCUAUUGUUGAAAAUAUUGGGCCCAACAUAAGUGGGAUUGAUAGUAAUUCUACAGAAUACGAUGAUCCUGAGUGUUAUGAAGAUGAGCAAAUUUUUGAAAGUCCAGAACAGGAGGAUUUAACUAAUAGUACCUAUAAUACUAUUAACAACAAUAUGAAAACAUCCGUUUCUAAUAUUACUGCUGCUAUUAAUAAUGCUGCUACUACUACUACUACUGCUGCUGCUGCUGCUGCUGCUGCUGCUACCAUUGGUGAUAUGCAUAUUACUGUCAAUAAUAUGUGCAAUGUUACCGAUGGUUUGACUCCACCUACCCCAUUAUCCGAUUGUUACAGUUUAUACAAUACAACUAAUAACAGUAGCAGUAGUAGUAGUAGUAUUAGUAACACUAAUAAUAAUACUUUAAUGCGUUAUUUAAUUGCCAAAAACAAUUUUAAUCCUGUUUGA